CCGCACCAUAAAGAAUCCACAGGCAGAGCUGGGGAUCUGACCAGCACAGACAUGCCGGUGCUGUCCGAGGACUCUGGCUUGCAUGAAACCCUGGCGCUGCUGACCUCUCAACUCAGACCAGACUCUAACCACAAGGAAGAGAUGGGCUUCCUGAGGGAUGUUUUCAGUGAGAAGAGCCUCAGUUACUUAAUGAAGAUUCACGAGAAGCUUCGCUAUUACGAGAGGCAAAGCCCAACCCCGGUUCUGCACAGCGCCGUGGCCCUCGCCGAGGAUGUGAUGGAGGAGCUGCAGGCCACCUCCGUGCACAGCGACGAGAGGGAGCUGCUCCAGCUGCUGUCCACCCCCCACCUCAGGGCCAUGCUCAUGGUACAUGAUACGGUUGCCCAGAAAAAUUUCGACCCUGUUCUCCCCCCUCUGCCUGAUAAUAUUGACGAGGAUUUUGAUGAAGAAUCAGUGAAGAUUGUCCGCCUGGUAAAGAACAAGGAACCCCUGGGUGCCACCAUCCGGCGGGAUGAGCACUCAGGGGCUGUUGUGGUGGCCAGGAUCAUGCGAGGGGGCGCAGCAGACCGGAGUGGCCUGGUCCACGUUGGGGACGAGCUCCGGGAAGUGAACGGGAUCACAGUCUUGCACAAGCGGCCUGACGAGAUCAGCCAGAUUCUGGCUCAGUCCCAGGGGUCCAUCACCCUGAAAAUCAUCCCAGCCACCCAGGAGGAGGACCGUUUAAAGGAGAGCAAGGUGUUCAUGCGGGCCCUCUUCCACUACAACCCGCGGGAGGACCGGGCCAUUCCCUGCCAGGAGGCAGGCCUGCCCUUCCAGCGCAGGCAGGUCCUGGAGGUGGUGAGCCAGGAUGACCCCACGUGGUGGCAGGCCAAGCGAGUGGGGGACACCAACCUUCGAGCUGGCCUCAUUCCCUCCAAGCAGUUCCAGGAAAGGCGCCUAAGCUACCGGAGAGCCACGGGCACCCUGCCGAGCCCCCAGAGCCUCAAGAAGCCUCCCUCUGGUCUUCGGAGGAGCUUCCGGCUGGGCCGCAGGGAGAGACUGGGAAGCCCGCAGGAAGGAAAGAUGUCCGCAGUAGCCGAGUCCCCCGAACUGCUGACCUAUGAAGAAGUGACCAGGUACCAGCACCAGCCCAGUAAGCUGCCCCGCCUGGUGGUGCUGAUCGGGUCUCUGGGAGCCCGACUGCACGAGCUGAAGCAGAAGGUGGUGGCAGAGAACCCACAGCACUUUGGUGUUGCUGUCCCACAUACCACGAGGCCCCGAAAGAGCCAUGAGAAGGAGGGGGUGGAAUAUCACUUUGUCUCGAAGCAAGCAUUUGAAGCCGACAUACAUCACAACAGGUUCCUGGAGCAUGGUGAAUAUAAGGAAUAUCUCUAUGGAACCAGCUUGGACGCCAUUCAGGCUGUGAUGGCCAAAAACAAAGUUUGCUUGGUGGACGUGGAGCCAGAUGCACUGAGACAGCUGAGGACCUCAGAGUUCAAGCCCUAUGUUAUAUUUGUAAAGCCUGCAAUUCAGGAAAAGGGGAAGAUGCCACCCACGUCCCCAGCUUGUGAGGACACAGCAGCCCUACUUGAUGAAGAGCAGCGAGAGAUGUCGGCCUCUGCCGCCUUCAUAGACCAGCACUACGGGCACCUGGUGGACGCCGUGCUGGUGAGGCAGGACCUCCAGAGCGCAUGCAGCCAGCUCAGGGGGCUCGUUGAGAGGCUGAGCAAGGACACUCACUGGGUUCCUGUUAGUUGGGUCAGGUAACUGGGUCCGAGAACAUCCAGGUUGGAAGGGACCUGAAAGACCACCUAGUCCAGCCAUGUUACCAUCAAGGAAUCGCAAGGGUGGAGAGAGGCAGAAUUUUCCAUUAACUGCAUCAUCAAGAAGAGUAUAUGUGGGAAGUGCUGUUUGUUGGGUUUUGUCUGUUUUUUUCCACUGCACCCCUCUGGAGCAGAAAACAUGAGUUGAAAGGGGGCAUAUCACAAAAUAACACAUUUCAUUCAUUAAAGUAUCACAGGCAAGUUGACCCUGAUUCUUUGUACCAAAGUUAAGUAGCCACUGUCUUUUGGGGGAGGGGGUGGUGAAUUUAUAGAGUACCGAUUUGCAGGGAUGUGAGCUUUAUGAAGAGGGUGACAUUUCAUAUAUCCAGCUCUGUUGGAAGUUGAGUUGUUUUAACCCAAGGGAAUUUUCCCAUGCAACUGAUGUUCCCCUGUCUUCAAGCAUCAAAAUAGUUUCACCUUGUUGAUGGUGAGUGCUUGUCUGGCACUGGAAAACUGGUUCUCUCCCUUCUUUUUUUAAAUUUUAUUUAUUUUUUAAAAAUAUUUUUUUAUUGAUUUCAGAGAUAAGAA